UUGCCACUUGCCAGCACUCCAUAGUCCACAUUACGUCUUCCCAACAGGCGUGAGGCACUGAGGCGUUUAGUAACCACUACUUAUUACUACGUAUAGUGUACAUGUAUAUAAUAUUUCAAAUUUAUUUCUAUAGACAUUAAAAUGUUAUUAAUUUGUAAUAUUAUGGUGUUAUACAACCAAAUAUCAAAUAUGUGAAUACUGCAAGUCGACAUUUAAAUUUUUGUACACUAGUUUUAGAAUAUUUAAAUCUGUCAAAUUACAGAAAUGGCUUCAGUUCUUAAAAAGCAAAUUUUAAAACAACUAUCAAGGUUUACCAAAGGCCUGAGAGAAGAAGACAUCAAUUUGAGUACGUUUAAAGGUGAAGGUGAAUUGACAUCUCUGGAACUUGAUGAAAAUGCUUUAAUGGAUGUAUUAGAUGUACCAUAUUGGGUACGAAUAACCAGUGCCAAAUGUGAUAGAGUUUUCUUUCAGGUUCCAUUCAUGGCAAUCAAGAAAGUUCCUAUGUCCUUGACUUUAGAUAAAGUUUCGGUUGAAAUCGAGACUUGUGACAAUGUUGAAUCAAUGGCAAUGAGGGAAAAUGUUCAGACUGUACAACCGGGAAAAUAUAAAUUUAUUAAUCAAGUUAUUGAUGGUAUGACUAUACAAAUCAAUGAAGUUAAUAUUACUUUUAGAGAUCCUGCUUUUCAUGCUUCUGUUCAGAUUUUGAAAAUAUUAGUUCAAUCUAAAUCUCCUAACUGGGAGUCUACAAAUCUUAAAACAACAAGACUAAAAAAUGAACAGAAAACUCAAAUAUUGAUAUUUAAAGAGUUGACUUGGCAGAUGAUACGAAUUGAAUUAUAUUCUACUAAUGAUCGAAAUAAACCUCCUAUUAAAUUAUUCACAAAUGAUAUAAUUUGCCGGUUAACUAUUAAAAAGAGACUUUCAGAUUGUUUCAUUUUGGGAUGCAAGUUAGCAAUUUUAAUUGAAGAGUUAUUGUGCGUUUUCACUGAUUCUCAAAUGAAAGCAGCACUUCAUUACAUAGAUUCAUUAGCUGGUGUUGUAAAAAAAUCAACAGAUCUUUCUCGCAAGAAAAAAGCAAUUAGAAAACUUGAAUGUUUACCUGAAUAUCAAGCUCAACUAGAUCAGGAAAAGAGAGGAAAAUUUGUAUCAAGUUCAAAAAGUUCAUGUUUAUUUAGUUUUCAUGAUGUAAUUGAAACAUCAUAUCAUUUUGUUGCGCAGAAAAUUAAUCUUCAUCUUAGUGAUGAUCCUGGAAGUCGUUCUUUACAUCCAGAUUUACAAAAAGGUGGUUCAAUACAAAUUGAAGUAACUUGUUUUCAAGUUGAUCUAUAUCCUUAUCAUUUGGCUGAUAGUGAUCGAUUACAUUGGGGUCUUUACAAAAAAGCAAGUUCAUCUUUUUUUCAAUGGUUAAAAGAUUCCCAGUCUGAAUUUUGGGAAAAUCUGUGUACAUUAACGAGAGAAAAUUUCCAAAUUCCUGAUAUUCAAAAAGGAAAUGUUACUAAAUAUUUAAAAGCUCAAUAUUCAAAGCUGAUGACAAGUUGUACAGUUCUAAGAAUGUCUGACUUCGUUGUAUUUAGAGUCCAGUCCGGAAAAAAACAAGAUCAGAUUGCUUUUAUCAAAGGUGAUAAGGAACGUCAUAAAUUACCUCAUGAUUCUAAAGUAAUUCAUGCAGAAUUUACAUAUUAUUAUUAUCCUGGAGAUGUUGCAUUCCCUUUGCCCCCAUCAAAAUUUUAUGCACAAUUAAAUCCAGUUCAAAUGAACUUUGACGCAUUAACUGUACUAUGGUUAAAUACGUUUGCAUUAAAUGUCUAUAAAUCACUAAUGACUACUAAUGUUGCAAAUCAAGAUAAUUUAGGCAGUAUAAUUUAUUUUGACAUUCUUGUCGAAGCAAUUAUGCCUCGUCUUAUAUUUGAAGAAGAAAAACUUUGUAAUAAUCAAAAGGAUCGUCCCAAGUCAUUAAAUUUACAAACUAGUCGAGCUACUUUGAGUAAUGUUCGUAGUAAUGAACAUGGCAUGUCAAGAUCUGAUUUAGCUAAUUGUGUUAAUGGUUUGCAAUUUGCAUCUCUUUUCUAUUCUUCUGAAUACCCAGCAAAAGAGGGAGAUUAUCAUCCUGUAACAGAAAAAUUAUUAAACCAUGCUCAAGAUAAUGAUGAUGUACGAGCUUACCCUAAUAAUAUAACAGUUUCUUCAUUAGAAGAGUUCAUAAAAGAAUUAAGCCAAGAACUUUUAUGGAUUGAAGCUAAAGAUAUUUGGUGUGUACGAUUAGAUCCUGUUUGGGGUGAUUUUUAUGGUGCCAGAGCUGUUGGAUCUACACCAGUACCUUUUCUUGAAGCAUUUCCCCUAACCUUAUGGGUUCAGCCACCUACCCUUACACCAAAAUCUGAAGUUUUUAAUAGGAACUUAAAAUAUGGGGAUAUGACAGUGUUAUGUUAUGUUCCAAAUUUAAUUAGCAUACAAAUCAAUCAUUUUCAAUAUCUUUUUCUUUUGCGUGUUGCUGAUGCAGUAGAUGAACUUGCUACAUAUAUUGUUGCUGAUCAACAUAAUAUAGUGGGAAGUAAAAAGAGUGGAUCAUUUGUAUUUGCUGCACUAUUUGCUCAAGUUGAAAUAACAUUUGUCACUAGUGCUCAGUUAGAUAUAAUGGGAAAAUCUGGAGGUGUUGAUGAUGUAAGCUCAAGUGUUGUAGCAGAUUCAUCAAGUAUAGCGACUCAAAGUGGUCAUAGUGCACAAUUGAGCAAUAACAUACAAACCACUACUUAUGAGGAUGUUGGAUAUGUGUACGAUAUGAGCCAAGCUUUCAGAAUACCAAUGGCUAUAUCUGAAGCCAGUUCUAAAAGAAAAGAAUUUAUGUCGCAAAAGUCAGCGUCUGUUGUGUAUGAUAAUGUCAAAGAAAUGUCUCAAAUAAAAAUGGCUGAAUCAAUUACGUCAGAUAUAAAUUUACCAACUUUCAAAGGCAUGAAGAAACGUUGGUUUAAUUUUGGAGCAUCUGUUGAUCUCACAGGAAAACAAAAUAUAGACGAUUUUAAUGAUAAUGUUUCUGUUAGAUCUGAUAUGAGCUCAGAUAGUGAAAGUUUAAUGGACUUGAGCUUAGACACAAAUGAUGGUGCUGAUGUAAUGUUUAAGUUUCCUUCAGCACAAAGACCAAAAGGUGGAUUUAUUAAAAAUAUUGAAUUGGCUUCUGAAGCAUUUGAUGAUAUUUUUGGAGGAGGAGAAUUAACCCCACCAACCACUUCUAGUGAAAGGGAUUCAAUUGGAAGUUCUAUUAAACGAAAAGAUUUGAUUGCUAUAACUACUCUGAAAUUUGGACGAGUUGAAAUUCUACAUCAAUCAGAAGGUCUCAAUUCGGUUGUUAAAUUACAAGUCACAAAUGUUAGUACAGAAGAAUGCCCAUAUAUUCCAUGGGAUGAAUUUCAGGACAAAUUUACAACCAGAACACGAGAUUGGAACGAAGUUGAAGGUGUUGCAGGUUUACCACAGAUACCCAGGGUAAUGGUUCGAUUAGAACACAAUAUUAUGCCUAAACGUGAUGAAAAACUGAUUAAUGUCGAUGAAUGGAAAAAUGAUAAUGUUACUGCUAAGAUUAACAAUGUUUUUUUAUCAUUAAAUUCAAACUCAUUAACUAGUUUAGCGGACUUUUUUGUUGACGAACAUCCAUCAAAAGCAUUGCCAUUUGAGGCAACUAUUGAAAACACAACCAUAAAACUGUGUAGUCCAACUCAAAAUGAUGCUUUACAAGAUGAAACAAGCAUAAAACCAACUGAUACGGAAAUUCAUCUUAGUAGGUUGAAAGUCGAACGCACUAAUGAUGGUUUGGUUUGUGUGGAACCAAUAAAAGAAAAUUGUGAUAGUCCUGAUAGUGGUAAUCAGCAAAUAGAAAUGAUGGAAGAAUUUAAAAAAAUUACUAUUGAAAAUGAAUACCUUCAUAGAAAACUGGGUACUCUUGAACGAUUAAAAGAAGAGAAUUUAGAAUUGCGUAGGUUUCAAGAAGAAAACAAAAAUCUAAAAAUAUUGUUAAGUGAAGCACAAGAUAACAUUAGCAAGUUAUUGGGAGAAAAACAAAAUCUGUUGGAUCAAGUACAUGUUCUAAAAGAGCCAAAGACUAAUAUGAUAGUGACGUCUUCGAAAAGAUAGCGUACGUGUUGGUGCUUUACUUGCACGAACGAUAGAUCACCAGUAUGACUGUUAUAAAACAAGGGUUUGUAUUUAUAUUGUUGUUUCGUGUUAUUGUUAUUUGAUAUACUUUUUUAUAUAGUAGUAUAAGUUUGAAAACAUGGGUACAGUAUCUGAUUAUUUAAUAUCAUAUUCUCCAUGAUCUCAAAACAAAAAAUUAAUGGUUAAAAGUAAUUCAAGUAACAACAUCUAUAUGAAUUGUUAUUCGUUGAUAAGUAAUUGUACUUAUAUUAUUUGAUACUUACAAUUUUCAAAUGUGACAUAGUUGUGGUAUCAGCAAUUAAACAUUUUUCUAUUUUUAUUUAUAUUGGUUGCAAAAUAUUUUUCUUUAAUUUUCUCCUAUGCAUAUCUUAUAUCUGUUUAAAUGUCUUAUUAUUUAGAGAAAAGUGCAAAAUUCAGUACAUUUAUGUUUGAUGAAUUAAUUUUAUGUAUACAUUAAAUCUGUGUGUUAUAAGUAAAUAUGAUUGAUAAUCACAAUUGUUUUAUUAAAUUUUUAAUACUGGUUUGAACUGAGAUAACCAUACUUUUAACUAUAUGUAGGAAUAAUGAUGCUGCUUUAAUGUUUUCAAAAUUAUAGUUUAAAGACUUUUCUGGUUUAUUAUUAAUUAGGUAAAAGACAAAAAUAUGUACAGUGUUUAAAAUAUGCAAAUAUUGAAGUUGAAUUCUUGUAUUUUCUGUGAUUUCGAUGAUAAAUAUCAUAUAAUAUAAUAUAAUAUAGGUACUUUAUACAUAUUUUAUAUCUUAAACUAAUAUAUGAUGAACUAUCAUCACAUUUUGUUAUAUAAUUUUACUUUGCUGAUUUUAUUCAUCUUCUUAUUCCUAUAAUUAUUUACCUAUAAUAAAUAUAUAGAGUAAUUCUAACCACCCAUAUAAAUAUAAAUAUAACAUAUUACAUUUAUAUGCCUAAUGUCUAUGUUACCAACAAACACUCAUUAUCUUAAACAACUUUAACAUUUUUAAAACAUUUAUAUGAUUUGAAAUCAUUACAUAACUUUUUUUUUAAAAAGAUUAUAUUUUUACAUAAUAAGUUUCAACAAAAUACUUUUUAUUGUGUUGUUAUAAAUUAAAAUUAUGUAAAAAAAAUAUUUUUAAAUCUGAGAAGAGCAAUGGAAUGAAUGUAUUGAUUUUUAAAAAUGUUAAUACUAUCUGAGAUAAUGAUUAAUGAGUGUUUACUGUUAAAAGAAUUAAUCUUUAUAUAAGCAAAAAUAAUUUGGAUCUAACUUCUAUUUUAAAUUAAUUUAUAUUUUAAUUUUUAAGCAAUACAAGAGAAUGCUUAUGUUUCAAAAUACAUAUUUUAUUGAGUAGGUUAUGUUAUAAGACUGGUUUCAUCUUAAUAUACUUUAAAUAAAAUAUUUGAAAAAAAUAUGUUUAUUGUGAUUGAAUUUAUUUUAAAAUAUUUUAUGCAUUGGUUUUUGUGAUGUUAAUUGUAAAAUAAUACAUUAAUACUCUAUAUUAUUUAACCAUUAUAUUUAACUUCAUUAAAUUACAAUAUUACAUUAUUUAUAGCAUGUCUCAUGUUUUGUUUUAAAAUUAAAAACCAAACUUCUUUAAUAGGUACCAUUACUUUAAAAAAUUUAGUAUAUUGUUUGAUACUCUGUGUAAUGGUGCUGUUACUAAUUACUAUUGUUUCUAUAUUUCUUUUAAAUACUUGAUUCUUAUAAUUUUUUAUUUGUAUUUCAUUGGCUGGCAGGUAUCAAAUGUGUCUAAUACCAUUUUGUUUUUACAUUAUGACCUGUCUGUCCAAAGACAUUUGACCCUUUUCAUAUUUUUAUUAAAUUUUUUAAUUAUAAUUGUCUAACCUAAAAUUAAUUGAUAUAGUUACAUUUUUGAUUAAGUCUUAUAUAAAAUGUACAAAACUAAUUUAUUUAUUAUUAUUAUUAUUAUUAUUUUUUUUGCAUAAAUAAGCUUAUCUUAUUUCCAAGUCAUAUAACAUUAUUCAUCCUAUCCUAUAGAUAAACGAAUACUCACUUUAAAUUCAAAGUAAUUCGCUAUUUAAAUUAAAUAUAAUUUAUUAUUUAAUCUAUUUGAACUGAAAGAUUUAAACUAGAUCCAUAUUUGACAGGCAUUUUUAAAUAAAUACUAAUCAUUAUAUAUAAUUUAAACAAUGUUAUACCCACACAUAUCUCAAUUUGUCCAUGUAUGAGAAGGUUAAUUAAGAAUUUUAGAUUUUAUACUACAACAUAAUUCAUUUAAGGAAUGAAACAUUUUAAAUUUUAAAAUACUAUUCACAUUAAAUCCAAAUAAAAAUAUAGGUACUAUAUUAAUUUCUUUUUCGAGAUGAGUGAAAUUAACUGACACCAUUUUUUUUUAUCUUACCAUUAUAUGUAUACAUAUAAAAUAAUAUUUUUUUUUUUUUACUAUUAUAUAUUAGACUUUUAAUUUUGGGAAUGGAUGUGCUUUGACUCCUUUCUGCUAAAUAUGCACACUAUACAUAAUUAUGUAGACAUCCGUGUUUGUAUACAUUUCUUGUUUGAAAUAGAAUUCUUUUCAAUAUGUUUAUUUGAAUUACAUCUUAAUUAAAAUUAUUUAUUGUUAUCGCACUUAUUAUAAAUCAUGAUUUGGUUUUCACUCAGUGGCUGUUAGAUUAUUAAUUUUACAUAAUUUACAAAGUAUACUUAUUACCUAUUUUAGAAUUUAUUUUAAUCAAAGUAAUAAUUGUAUAUCUUAUAUUAUUAGUGAUAUUUUAAAUCUUACCUACCUACCACAUCUAUUACCUGAUUUACCAAUUCUAUUAUACUCUGGUUUCUGAUGUUUGCCUAUCUAUUCAUUGUUUUCUUUAAAUAUUUUGUUAUUACAUGUAUUUUUUUUUAUAUAUACUAUAAAAUAUAAAUUUUUAAUACUGUUAUUACGCCUUUUUACUAUCAUAAGUUUUGUUAUAUAAUCAUAGUUUUUUGAAAAAAAACUUAAUUAUUUGUGUCUAUAUUUGUUGUGAAUUCUAUUUAAUAAAAUUGUAUUGUUGAUUUAGCACAUAAAAUAAGACCAGUUGUUACCUAUUAAAUAAUCCAUAUUUAGAUAUAUCUGGUAAUUUAAUAUUUGUUUGUAAUCCUAAACAGGUAUCAUCAAUAAAAAACCAAUCCCCUCAGUAUUGGUUAAACCAGGAUUAAGGGUACCUGUCAUUAUAAGUUAUAAGUGAUAAUAUAUUUAUGUCAUGUGGUUUAAAUGAAAGUUACAGAUAAUGUCUUCAGUAUAUAAAUAUAUCAUAACACUUCACAAA